AUGGUCAAGGUUCCUACGAAUUGUUGCUGGAGCUGGCGUAAAAUUCUCCAACUUCGGCUAAUAAUAAGGAACUAUAUUUGGACGUCUCUUGGGGAUGGUAGAUCAACAUCAGCUUGGUAUGACACCUGGAGUGCUUUAGGGCCUUUAGGUACUUUUCUAUCCCCUAGAACGAUAACAAACGCGGGAUUCAGAUUGGAUAGUUCAGUGGCUGAUAUUAAUAUAGAGGGUGUUUGGCAAUGGCCCACGGCCUGGAGGGAUAUUUAUCCCGUUCUUAACCAGUUGGAUCAAAUUCAGCCGAAUGUUUAUAAGCGUGACAGUGUGAAAUGGCGAGUUGGUGAUGUGAUUCAUGAGAUUUUGGCUUCGUGCAUAUGGGAUUCUCUUCGGUAUUGCGAUCCGGAGGUCAACUGGACGAAAAUAGUUUGGUUUGCGCAAUGCAUUCCAAAACAUUCUUUUCUGAUGUGGUUAAUCAUGAGGAACAAAUUACUUACACAAGAUAUUAUCCUUCAAUGGGAUAUAUCGAGGAGGAAGAACAUGAAUAUGUUAUGCUGCUUGCUUUGUUAUGAAAACCACGAUUCGCAUAAACAUUUAUUCUUUGAAUGCAAAUACUCAACGCAGGUGUGGGAUAUGGUUCGAGUCAAAGCUGGCAUGGAUAGUAUUGAGUCAAAGUGGGAGGAUAUCGUCGGUUGGCUUCUGCUCAAAUGCCACUCGAAGAUGGUGGCUGAUUAUGUGAGUAGACUUGUAGUGGCAGCUUCUUCUUAUCUUAUAUGGCAGGAACGUAAUGCGAGGAUUUUCAAGAAUCAACUGCGACCGCCGGAGAAACUCUAUGAUUUGAUAAUCGAGACUGUUCGGUAUAAGCUUAUGGGAGUCAAGUUGAAGCGGAAUGAUAGAGUUCGAAGACUCUUAGGAGAAUGGGGGAUUCCAGAUGCGGAUACUAAUGGUGAUGGCGAUUGA